AUGGCAUCAAUUCAUCAAGUAAUUUUAGAUGGACGUCUGUCUCAAUUAAAUUUACUUAUCAAUAGAAUUGGUUGUAAUGUAAACGAAAAAGAUUCAUACAGUCGAACACCACUUCAUUUAGCUGUUCUUUCCGAUCAAGAAAACUAUGGUUAUCGAGUAGCACGUCUUCUUCUUCAAGGUAAUGCUGACAUAAAUGUAACUGAUAGUCAACAACGAACACCACUUGUUUACGCAUGUUUACUCAAUCGUUCAAAACUUGUAACACUCUUUUUACGAACAAAAUCUAUUGAUUGGAAUAUUAUUGAUCAUGAUGGUUAUUUAGUUUUACAUCAUGCAGCAUCAUCAUCACAUACAUCAAUACUUGCAGAUAUCAUUCAUGAAAUGAAAUCAAUUGGACUUUCAGUUGAUUGUAAAACAGAAUUAAAUUACACACCUUUAAUAUUAGCUAUAAAAUCAUUUCGAUUUGAUAAUGCUGUUUAUUUACUGGAUCAUACUGAUGCAUCACCAUUUGUUAUUGAUGAUGAACAUCAUUUUACAUGUCAACAAUGGGCACAACAUGUGGGACCAAAAUUAAAUGAAAGAACAUAUUAUUAUCCGAGACAAAGUUCAACAUUAAAAAGAAAUAAAAGUCUAGAUAAAAAGUAA